AUGGGCAGCCGCCCGCAGUCCCCGAUGGGGACGGAUCCUAUGGAUCUCUCCAUACCUCGACCUAGCCGCCGGCGGGACUCUCUGAGGAGCAGGUUUAUGAGCGUGGUGUCUGACGUUGAAAUGGCCCGGAACGAGGUUUUUGACGGCCCCAUCUCCGAAAGUAUCCCAUCAAGUGUUGUCUCGUUUUCGCAUCGCCGUGCCCGAGGUGGGUCCACGGUGAGUUUUACUUACUUCCAGGACGAGGAGGACUUUGCAGAAUGGUCCAAUGAAGACGCGGUGGAUGUGGGCAGCGAUAUCGAGGUAGCAUCGCCAGAUGGUCUAGAUGGAGCAGAUCUCGAGUCCCACCGAGACUCGUUCGUUUCCAAGAGACUCUCUCGAGACUCGGUCGAGCAUCCUCUACUCUCUCGGUUUAUCUCCGCAAGUUCCUAUGGCCGAGACAGGAGGACGGGCGGUAGGCUUAAUCAGAAAGUAUAUAUUGCCUCGGAGGACCUCACAGCUGUCUUUGCUGGAUUCUCGACGAGCCCGGGUGGAUAUGCCAUCUACCUGACCCUGUGCCUCCUCACUGGCGGACUUGCCUAUCUACUAUUUCGAUGGCUCCCACGUUGGCGAGUUAGACUGAUUGGAAAGGCAACACAGUUGGCAAGAUGUCAAUGGAUCGCAAUUGAAGAUCAAUGGAACCAGUUCACAAUUCACCAGAUUGAUAACCAAUCUUAUGGGCGCCCGUUGUCAACAAUAUUCGUAGACCCACCGGGUCAUGUCUACGAUGAAGACACCGACCCAACGAUGGCCAAUCUGCGGUUUCUUGACUACAGGCAUAUGCGCUUCUGCUAUCAUCCGAUCGAAGACAAGUUUGCGUUGAUCAGCGGCUGGAAGGAUCCCUCCUGGACCAAUGCGAAGGUCAUGAGAGGAGGUCUCGAUGCCGACGAGCGUGAUAGCAGGGAGCAGAUAUUUGGUCAGAAUGUCAUUGAUAUUCAACAGAAGACUGUUCCUCAGCUCUUGGUUGAUGAGGCCUUUCAUCCAUUCUACAUGUUCCAAGUUGCCAGUCUGUUGCUAUGGUCCAUGGAUGAAUAUUACUACUACGCCGUGUGCAUCUUCCUUAUCUCUGUUUUCAGCAUCGGUACCACCGUGUUGGAGACAAGAUCGACUAUGCGUCGCCUGAGAGAGAUCUCCUUGUUCGACUGCGAUGUGCGUGUUCUCAGGAAUGGAUUUUGGAGAUCUGUUUCCUCCCAGGAUCUGGUACCUGGAGAUGUCUUUGAAUUCUCUGAUCCCUCAUUGAACCAAGUCCCGUGUGAUUGUAUCUUGUUGUCGGGCGAUUGUAUUGUGAAUGAAAGCAUGCUCACUGGCGAGUCGGUUCCCGUGUCCAAGACGCCACUCACCGACGAGGCUCUCAAGUACCUCGAUCUUAGUGCCCCCUCUAUUCACCCCAAUGUUGCCAAGCACUUCCUCUUCAGUGGGACAAAGGUCAUUCGUGCUCGGCGACCCCAGAAUGUAGAUGACGAUGAAGCUGUUGCCUUGGCAGUCGUCGUUAGAACAGGGUUCUUGACGACUAAAGGUGCACUGGUUCGCUCAAUGCUUUUCCCGAAACCCUCGGGCUUCAAGUUUUACCGAGAUUCGUUCCGCUAUAUUGCCGUGAUGGGGGUGGUCGCCCUUCUUGGCUUCAUUGCGUCUUUUAUCAACUUCGUCCGACUUGGGCUUGCUUGGCACCUGAUCAUCGUCCGAGCACUUGAUUUGAUUACGAUUGUCGUUCCACCCGCUCUCCCUGCGACUCUCACCAUUGGCACAAAUUUUGCUCUUUCGCGUCUGAAGAAGCAAUCAAUCUUCUGCAUCAGCCCGCAAAAGGUCAAUGUUGGUGGAAAACUAGAUAUGGUCUGUUUCGAUAAGACUGGCACUCUCACGGAGGAUGGCCUAGAUGUUCUUGGUGCGCGCACGGUUGGCAAAAACCACAGAUUCUCCGAGCUUUUGUCUGAGACAUCUUCCGGCAUUCUACUUCCUCCGCCAAACGCGAAUUCUCCAUUCGAUCUUGAAAAGCAGCGGAAGAUUGUCUAUACCAUGGCGACAUGUCACUCUCUUCGAGUUGUGGAUGGCGAACUCCUUGGUGACCCUCUUGAUGUAAAGAUGUUCCAAUUUAGUGGAUGGUCCUACGAGGAGGGUGGCGGCCAUGCUUCUGAGCAAACAAGCCCCAAGUUUGACACUAUCAUUCCAUCUGUUGCGAAGCCCCCAGUGACUCACGGAGGCGACAGCCAACCUAAUGGGCCAAACAUUCCCGUCGAACUCGGAGUUCUUCGAAACUUCGAAUUUGUCUCGCAGCUCCGCCGUGCCAGUGUGGUUGUCCGACAGUUUGGGGAUAAUGGUGUAAAUUUCUUUGUCAAAGGCGCACCUGAGAGUAUCAAGGAUAUCUGUAUUCCCGAGUCCCUUCCUUCCGAUUACGAUGAGCUGUUGAAUUACUACACCCACAAGGGAUACCGCGUGAUUGCUUGUGCUACAAGAUACGAGCGCAAACUAAGCUGGAUGAAAGUGCAAAAGUUGACACGCACUGAAGCUGAGAGCAACUUGGAAUUCGCAGGCUUUAUCAUCUUUGAGAAUAAGUUGAAGAGCACCACGACCAAGGUGAUUUCUGAGCUCAACCAGGCUGGCAUUCGGAAUGUCAUGUGCACAGGCGACAACAUCUUGACUGCUGUCAGCGUUGCUCGCGAAUGCAAGAUGAUUGGUCCUAACGAGCAAUGUUUUAUCCCCAAUUUUGUCGAAGAUCCGGGCCUCGAUACCAAAACUUCUCUUUGCUGGGAAAGUGUGGAUGACCCGGAUCUCACGCUGGAUCCGAGAACGCUUUUGCCCACGGAGACCACCGCAGAAAGCGAUGUUUCCAUUCCUGGAAUUGCCUUGCACGAGCGUAAUUACUGUAUUGCUGUCACGGGUGAUGUGUUCCGCUGGAUGAUUGACUUUGGCAACGAGGAUGUGCUCAGCAGGAUGCUGGUAAUCGGCAAAGUUUUUGCCCGGAUGUCACCCGAUGAAAAGCACGAACUGGUCGAAAAGCUCCAGUCCAUUGAUUACUGCUGUGGUUUCUGUGGAGACGGUGCAAAUGACUGUGGUGCUCUUAAAGCCGCAGACGUUGGCAUUUCUCUGUCGGAUGCUGAAGCCUCCGUGGCUGCGCCAUUCACAAGUCGGCAAUUCGACAUUUCUUGCGUGCCAAAAUUGAUCCGUGAGGGACGGGCUGCCUUGGUGACUAGCUUCUGCUGUUUCAAGUUCAUGAGUCUCUACUCGGCCAUCCAGUUCUCCACGGUCAGCUUCCUCUAUACGUCGGGGUCCAACCUUGGUGACUUCCAGUUCCUCUUUAUCGACCUUGCUCUCAUCAUGCCCAUCGCCAUCUUUAUGGGUUGGUCCGGUCCAUAUCCUACUCUUUCUCGCAAACGACCCACGGCGGAUCUCGUCUCACGAAAAGUUCUUACACCAUUAUUGGGGCAGAUCGGCAUGGUGGUCCUUGGUCAACUCGUCAUCUUUAAGACUGUCCAAUUGCAACCUUGGUACCUACCUCCACAGCUUGACGUGGAAAAGAGCAAUAUUGUGAACUCGCAGAAUACAGCCCUGUUCCUCUUUUCUUGCUUCCAGUACAUCCUGACCAGCGUUGUCCUCAGCGUUGGACCACCAUUCCGGCAGCCAAUGACCCAAAAUGCUCCUUAUCUGUGUACCAUUAUUAUCGACCUUGGAAUUGCGGGUUACAUGCUCUUCCGUCCCUCUGAGUGGGUUGCGAGCGUGAUGGAGUUGACCUUCAUGUCAGAUGGCUUCCGCAGCUGGGCUGUGGCAUUGGCGCUCGGGGCAUUUGCUCUUGCUUUGACGGCUGAGACCAUAGCUUUCCCUCGCCUGGCUCGCAUGAUUGGCCAAAUCCGCGCUCGCCUGCAGCCCAAUUACCGCAAAAAGCGCCGCCAGUACAAAGUUCUGCUAGAGCAGUUGCGCCUGUGA